AAGUUUUUCUUGUUGAAGCCUUUGCAUAAUCCUCCGCGCUGACGAGUCCCAGCCAAACAAAUAAAACGUGAUUCUAUUUAUCAUCAUUCCUUAGAAUUUCAAGAGACAGAGAUUAUCAACAAUAAUAAAAAAUGGCAGCGACAAUGCCCAUCAACCCGAAACCCUUCCUCAAUGGACUCACUGGGAAGCCAGUGAUGGUGAAACUCAAAUGGGGUCACGAAUAUAAAGGCUAUCUGGUCUCUGUCGAUGGCUAUAUGAACCUCCAGCUGGCCAACACCGAGGAACACGUCGAUGGAGUAUGCACAGGAAACCUCGGGGAGGUACUCAUCAGGUGUAACAACGUUAUGUACAUCAGAGGAGUCGACGAGGAAGACGAAGAGGGCGAGAUGAAGGAUUAACUUAUUCUUAACUGUAUCGACAAUUCAUUUCUAAUAAAAUAAUUCGUAAAUCUAUUA